AUGGAAGUUUUGUCGGAUGUGAUUGUGAGGAGUGUCUGGGGUGGUAGUUGGGUAAAAUAUGACUGGGUUCCAGCAGCAGGAAGUGCCGGGGGCAUUCUUCUAAUGUGGGAUGAUAGAAGCUUGGAGGUAAAGGAAAUUAAGAAGGGAGUUUUAUCUUUAGCAGCUCUUAUCAAAGAUAGAAUUCCUUUACCUAGGCUGACUUCGGAUCAUUUGCCUAUCUUGCUAGAUGGAUGCAGAGGGAGAGGGGUGCGUGCUCCCUUCCGAUUCGAGAACAUGUGGUUGAAGGUGCCAAGAUUUGGUGACAAGGUUAAAGAAUGGUGGAUAAGCUACGGGGUAACAGGGACACCUUCAUUCCGUCUUUCGAAGAAACUUAAAUUGCUCAAGGGAGAUAUUAUUAGGUGGAAUAAGGAGGUUUUUGGGAGGAUAGAGGUUAAAAUGAGGGAGCUUAUGCAUGAAUUUAGGGAACUAGAGGGAGGGGAAGGGGCGAGGGAGUUAGAUGAAUCUGAGAAAGAGAGAUUGGGGGAGGUUAAGAGGGAAAUAAUCGAGUUAGCAAUAGCUCAGGAGACUAGGGAGGGAGACAAUGAGUGGCUAGAAAGGGCUUUCGAGGAGGAGGAGGUGCACGAGGCUGUGUCGAGUUGUGCUGGUGAUAAGGCCCCCGACCCCGAUGGUUUCUCCCUGGCCUUCUUCCAACUCUGUUGGGACACCAUCAAAGGGGAGUUGAUGGAAACCAUUGAAUACUUUUAUGUGAAUGGUGUUUUCAAGAGAAGUAUCAAUGCUACUUUUAUUACUAUUGUGCCUAAGAAAGAAGGUGCAUCUUGUAUCAGAGACUAUAUGCCAAUUAGUCUCGUGGGAAGCAUUUACAAGAUUAUUUCUAAAAAUGCUUUUGUGGAAGGUAGGCAGAUCCUGGAUGCCGCUUUGGUGGCAAAUGAACUUGUAGACUCCAGAAGAAAAAAUAGAGAUCUCAGCUUACUAUGCAAGUUGGACCUUGAGAAGGCUUUCGACCAUGUCAAUUGGGAGUUCCUGGAUUUCAUUAUGAUGCGGAUGGGGUUUCGGGCAAGAUGGAGGGGAUGGAUCAAGUUCUGCAUUUCCUCAGUCAGAUUCUCUGUCCUGGUUAAUGGUAGCCCGUAUGGUUUCUUUGGCAGCUCCAGGGGUCUCAGGCAAAGAGACCCCCUAUCCCUCAUGUUAUUCAUUCUAGUGAUGGAUGCUCUGAGUAAAAUGAUGGAUCGUGCGGCGGCCAAAGGCUUCUUGAGAGGAUUCUCAGCUCCGACCGGGGUGCCCAGUGCCCGAAGAGUCUCUCAUUUGCUUUUUGCGGUUGACACCCUGAUUUUCUAUGAUGCCGAUAUGGAUCAAUUGACCUACCUGAAGCAAGUCCUGCAGUGGUUUCAAAUAGUAUCAGGUCUCAAAAUCAACCUCGACAAGUGUGAGAUUUUCCCGGUGGGCGAGAUUGCUAACAUCGAUGCUUUGUCUUAUGUUCUUAGAUGUAAGGUAGGCUCCCCUCCCACUACUUACUUGGGUCUCCCAUUGGGCGCUUUGCAUAAGGAUACUAUGGUUUGGAAUCCAGUGAUCAAAAGGGUUGAAAAAAGAUUAGCAGGCUGGCAGAAACGGUACUUGUCAAAAGGCGGAAAGGAAGUGUUUAUCAAAAAUAGAACUAGAAAGUAUCAUCUAGUGAAUUGGCAGACAGUCACUUCCCCAAAAAAGUGGGGUGGACUUGGAGUAAAAGAUCUUAGGGUAUUCAACAGAGCUUUGUUGGGGAAAUGGCUGUGGAGAUUCGGGUUAGAAGAGCAUGCUCUAUGGAGGGAGGUCAUAGUAGAAAAGUACGAUUCCACGGGAGGGGGUUGGAGGACCAAGGCAAUCACAACACCUUUCGGGUGUGGCAUGUGGAGGAGUAUCAUGAAUCCUUCAGUGGUAACAUCACUUACAGGGUGGGAGAUGGAAGGAGAAUCAGCUUUUGGAAUCAUAGGUGGUGUGGAGAGGAAACUCUGA